AUGCUUGAAACGGCCAGCCCAUCUGAGAUCGAGGAAUGGGUGGAACGUUUUGAACUGUGUUGCAGCAUUCGUGAAGGUGGCGCUCAAAACCAAUCAUCUCUAUUCCUCACUGUAGGCGGUCGCGAUCCCUAUUAUCUGUUGAAGAUCCUGGCAUUUCCUGAUGCUCCAGCUAAAUUACCGUACGAAGCCCUCAAAUCAUUGCUGCUCAACCACCUGCUGCCAACAGAGUUCCAAGUACAUGAAAGAGCCAAAUUCAUUUCGUUGAUUCGCGCUGAACAUGUCUCCUGCCAAGAUUUUAUUCUUCAGCUGAACCAACAGGCAUCACGCUGCAACUAUGGCGAUCGUUUGGAAGAACAAUUGUGUGACCGCAUAGUGGCAGGCAUCAACAAUCUGACUCUCCAACGAAAGCUGCUAGAGAAGAAGGAUCUAACUUUUGCCGAGGCCCGCAAGAUUCGUGAACAACAUGAUGACCUGAUGGAAGCGACUUCCAGCGAAGCAGUCACACUAUUUCAACGGCAGAAAACAAGACCGAACCGACCUCCGGUGGCCAAGUGUACACUGAAGCCACAGCAAGACCCUUCCGGCAACGAUAGACGUAUCAAUCCCUAUUUUUCGUGCGGAGCUUACCAUCUGCGCUCCCACUACCGCCUCUGCAAUGCCAAGUAUCAUGCGUGCGGGAAAACUGGCCAUAUUCGGAGUGUUGCAAUCGUGCACAGUCAACAGCUGAAAAUGACACAAACCUUGUUGUUCUGUCUACGACCCGAAUUUCAGUGCCCAAUUCCUGUACAAAGAUGUGACACGACAGUCCGGCACAACGCACAAAUUCAUUGUUGA